AAAAUGGAAUCUGAAAUAAAAUCCUUUCUCAAUGAAGAGAACAUUGGAAAUAAAUGUCUUUGUGACCUUGCAGAUUUUGAACAAGAGUUAUCAGAACAAUGGUGCAGAUAUUUUACAAAUGUGAUAAAUCCUAUUCAGCAGUUGAGAGCAGAUCUAAAGUACAGACAGCAUCACACCUUACAGCAUUCAGACCCACAUGUUGAGUUUAACUCAGUGAAAGUGCUGCAAGAGGUUGACUCUGUAAAAAGACAAUUGAAAGCUGUCUUUGAAAGACUUGUCCUGGAGCAACAGAAAAUAGAAAAUGAUCUCUUAGACUGGAGUAUGAAAAUACUAGAUCAUUUUUCAGAAGAAAAAACUAACCUGCUUAGUGAAUUGCCCAUGGAAUUAGAAAGUUUGGAAUGUCCAUACCCUGAUUUGAAAUCUUCAAUCCUUAAUGAGUUCUAUAACUUUACAGACAAAUUUCAAAAGAAACUUCAAGAUUUUGAUCUGCAGUUAGAAGACAUAUACAGGUGAUGAGAUAAAACUGUUUGAAUCCUGUAGAUUUUUGACACUAAAUUUUUAUUUUUGUUCAAGAUCACUAUACUUCUGAUCUACUGUUUCAUAGUUACUACAUGAUUGAAGUACAAUCAAUAAAUAUUUAGCUUGAC